CUCUCUAUAUCUAUCUCUCUUUCCUUUGCAACAGUUUCUUCUACAUGAUCUUCUUCAUCAUCUAGCAGAAAACAUAAAGAACCCUAAAUCCUUUAAAGCUUAAACCCUAAAUCCAGUUAUAUUAAAUGGGUCAUGAUAACAUCACAAAGCUCGGUAGUCUACUCGUAAAGCUACACAGAGCUCCUUCGAGUUGGCUCUGUCUCCAUCCCCGACCAGACCGAACCACCACCGGCGUCAACAGCCAACAACGAAUCAAGCUCGUCAGAUCCGACGGUUCUUUAGAAGUAUACGAUCGUCCCGUAGUAGUCUCAGAGCUCACAAGAGACUUCCCAAAACACAAAAUCUGUAGAUCGGACUUGCUCUACAUAGGACAAAAGACCCCUGUUCUGUCUGAAACCGAAACACUGAAGCUCGGUCUCAACUACUUCCUCCUCCCAUCAGAUUUCUUCAAGAACGAUCUCUCUUUCCUCACCAUCGCCACACUUAAAAACCCUCAAAACGGUGGCGUUCUGGUGAAGAAGACUCAGAAGCAGCCUCAGCCUUUUCUUAUACAAAAAGGUGAGAAAGGAGAGCGUUUAAAGAUUCGCGUGUCUGAAGAUUUCUUGUCGGAGCUGAUGAUGGAAGGAAGAAGAAACAGAGCAAACCAAGAAGAUCAAGAAGAUGGAGACGAAGAAGAAGGAGAAGGAGAAGGUAGAGUUUGUACGACGGUGAAGUUAAAGAAAGAUUAUGUUCAACUCGUUGGUUUGCGUAAAUGGAAACCAAAGCUUGAGACGAUAACAGAGACCAAGGCAAUGAAAGCAGCAGCUGCAGAGAAGACGAAGAAGAAACGAAAGAGGUUUACUGUGAUGAAGAAGAAGUCUCAGAGUGAUCCAUCUUCGAAGCGUAAGCUUCAAUCCAAAUUCAAGUCCAAAACCAAGAAAACUAAUUCUUAUUAGGAAAAUAGAAUAAUUAAUAUUUGUUUCAAAUUAAUUAGCAGAUUGUUUGGUGUGUGUUGAUACAUAGAAAUUGUUGGAUUUGAUGUAAAGAAACUGAGAUUAAACAAAACAAAACAAAAGAAAUUAACCAAAAGGGAUAAGAAUUGUU